CUUCGAACUAAAAAGCAUAGAAGCGGGAAAUUGAGGGCACGCCUCCGUCACGAACGCGUUUGUGAUCUUGUUUACGUCCAGCCUGGGCAGCCUGGGUAGCCUGGGCAAAUACAUAGCAGUACCGGUAUAAUAUGGACAGUAGCGGACACCUAAACCUGGUUUCUCUUGCUUUUUUCCUAUGCCUCUUGGCUUGCGGCGGUCGCGUCCUUUCCGAAGGUUCUAAAUUGCCGCCACCGCUAAUAUCUGAGUUUGAUGCCGUCUCAUCCUCUCAGAGACAGGCAUGGCUAGAUAUUUGGAAUACACAUGCGUGGAACAUGCUUCGCGCGUUGCAAGACGCUCGGGGAAACGGCCAACUUCACAUCUACAUGAACGGCGACAGCACAUUCCGGCAGCAGAAAAACUUCCUAUGCAACGUUCUUCAACCGGGCUUCACGGGGGGGAAAUGGCCUCUUGACUAUAAGGUACUUAACAAUCAACACGAGAGCAGCUGCUACAACAGUGAAUUGAAAAUCCGCGUCACGUACGUCAACAACAGCUGCUGUGAUACGGAACGCCUAGCCUACCUGCUGCACCGCGAUACAGACCCAGCGGGCAAGGAAAACCCGCCAGCUUGGAAGCCACGAACCAUGGGCCAGUCGGGCAUGCUACGGGAUCCGGCGAUGGCUGAGACCAAUGCAGGGACGCAGGAUUUGGAGGCUGAGGCGGCAGACGUUGAAGCGGACACCGAAAUGCGGCUUGUGGUCUACCUCGGUUGCGGGCUUCACCUGAUGCAUCUGGGUCGUGCUCGGCCCUUCGAGUGUUUGCAGCAGCAAUACGGAUACGUGGAGACCAUACAGGAAUUCGCACAGGCAGCGGCACGGCUGUACCCGGGGUCCCUGCAGAUGUUCAUGACCACCAACAACGUCUGCGAAUCCAACUUCGGGAGUCCCUAUAGCGAUGUCCUCAAAGAGGCUGCCGCCGACCCCCAAGGUUUCUUGCGACAAUGCGUGGAGAUCGCCAACAUGACCACCGGGCCGCUGCAAGGCAACAUCCCCGCCCUAACCCAGGCCUGCCGAGAAGGCAUUCUCAUGAGUCACGGCGCAGCAAGCCUUCGGAGACGCAUGCUCCUGGCGUUGAAGCAGGAGAAUGAGCGAAGGGGCCGCGAGGACCAUGUUGGUCUGGUGGAUGCGUAUGCGCUGACCGAGGGGCAGUGCUGGGCUAGCCAAUGGUCCGACGGCCGGCACUACGCCUUCGUGGUGCCCAUGGUGGUCAUGGAGAUGAUUGCCACGAUGCAUCGGCAGCUGCUGCAGACGCACUAGCGGAGCAGGAUUACCCAUCGUACCCCUGUUCAUUGCAUGUUUCCCAGUGAUCGGUGCCUUUGCACCCAGGCCAUUUA